UAAGGAAGCUGCAGCAACAGUUCCGGAUCAUGGUGGAGAACCGCAAAUCUUUUCGGGUCAUGACUCAUCAACAGUUGUUCCAGCAGGAAAAACAAAUCCACACCUUGAAGCAAGAGUACGACGAGAUCCAUUUACUCCUGAGUCUCACCAAGUCGCCCCGGAACAUUUUCAUGGAUGACCGGAACUGCAUGGAGCUCAAGUUCCUUUUGCAGACCAAAGACGAGUAUGACAAUCUCAUCCGGGCCACCAAAGCUUUGAUUGCUGAACUUGACGAGAAGAUUAUAGAGAUGGAGAAGAAGAUUAAAAAGCAAAAAGUGCUUGUGAUCAAACUGCGUCAGGAGUAUGAUGGGAAGUGGUUGCAGAAGCAGAUCCAGUUGCUAGAUAACCGUCUCAAUCACGUGACGGUUUAUUUUGACACUGUCUUGACCACCAACGCCAAACUCCGGGAAGAGAUAGAGAAUCUGCAGUGCCAGAAGUCUGUCUUCGACAACAUCUACUUGCGGCUCCACAAGAAGCUAGAGCAGCAGAAGUCGACCAUGGACCUGUCCAUCGAGCAGUCCACGCAAGCCUACGAGCAAAGGGUCGAAGCCCUUGCACGGAUCUCUGCCAUGAAGGAGCGGCGUUGCAAGGACAUUGCUCAGUUCAACAUUGAGUUUCGGGAGCUGGAACGGAUCUACAACCACGAGACCAAGCUCAAGGCCUUCAUGUUCAUUAAACUGGUGGACCGCUCAGAAUUUGAGGAGCAGGCCAGAAAGGAAGAAGCUGUCAAGGCGAGGAAGCGGGCCAAGACCAAAGGGGAAAGCUUUGAAAGCUACGAGGUGGCCUACAUGCGCCUGCUGAAGCUGACGGAGAACGGCGACAUUGACCAGCUGGUGGAGGACUUCAUUGAGAAAGAGGAGAAGAACUUCGCCUACUUCAGCUACGUCACCGAACUGAACAACGACAUGGAGCGGCUGCAGAAAAGGAUUGAAGACAUCCAGAACGAAAUCAGCCAGCUGAAAUCCCAGCAGAAGACGGCGGAGGACAUUACACAUGGCAGACUGAAGGAACUGGAGGAGAAGCUGCAGAACACCACUGAAGGCGCCAACCAGUACGAGUACAGGCUGAAAGAGAGCAGCAAGAUCCUUGACCAGCUGAAAUUGGCCGUGGACUUCCUCUUCAAGCAGACCGGCUGCGAUGCAACCAAGAUCAGGGAGCACCUGGGCGAGACCGGGGAGAUCACAGACCAGAACCUGAUGCAGUAUUUCAGCAUUGUGGAGAAGAAGAGCAACGACCUUCUGCUGAUCGAAUCCUUCUUGCGCUACAAGGAGGUGGAAGGAGAGCUGGACUCGGUCCCCAUGCUGAAUCCAUUUUUGGGCGGUUCUGCCUCACUAAAAAAGCUGGACACCGUUAAAAUCACCCCUCCCUCCCUCAGCGUGGAUCCCUUUGCAGACACUUUGGAGCCUCUAGAAGGACCGCUAGACCACAAAAGCCUGCGUGCCAUGAUUCUGGAGAACCAGGAGAAGGACAGAUCCAGAAGGAGCUCAGCCGAGAGAAUGGACAGCAGCAGGGAAAAGAAGAAACAGUCUCCAACAUAGAAGUUGGCAUGAAAAAGUGCU